AUGGACAAGCUAUUCCCACAUUCAGAGUACCCCGAGGACCAGGAGCACUCCAAAACGAUCCUGACUAUCCACGUCCUCCGCAGCGGCCUGGCUGCUAGCUCAAUCCUCUCCGUCCUAUCAGGAACAUUGACAACACUCUACAAAGAACCGUCUGCCCUCCUCUCCUCCCGGCAUGGCAAUCGGCUCCUCAUCCACGCCAGUCGCGGGAGUGUAGCUGGCUUCCUGCUCUCCGGAGUGAUGCUCACAACAACGAUGUGGGGGAAAGAAGACAUCGAGUGGCAGGACAGAGCCUGGCUGUUGCUGGGGAGUGAGGGACAGUGUGAAUUCGACAAGUGGCUUGCCGCUGGAGGAGUGCUUGGAGGCCUGGGAGCGAUGGCGCUCGGGAAGGGCAGAACCGCCGCCAGCGCAGCAGCGGCUAUCAAUAAGAAGCCCGCCGUCGUCGUGAAGCCGCUAGAGGCUAUAAUGGGCGGUAUAAGCCUGGGAACAGCAUCGGGGGCGGCUGGUUGCAUUGCAUGGAGAAUAGGGGUUCAUGGGUCAUUCUUCUAA